GCAAUGACAGACAACUUAAUUCGCGAAUUUUCGAAUUGGUUGGAAAAAAGAACUUCAGCAAAACUUUGCAGUAAAAUCAUAAAUUUUUAACACCUAGAAAUCUUUCAUAUACUUAAAACACAAUAAUUCCUCUAAAAUAUAUUUUUAUCUUUCCAGUAGUAAAAUAAAAUCAUAAAAAUCGAACAGCUAAAAAAGGCAAAGAACAAGAAGAAGACCGGAAAAAAUAAUACGACGUGAAAGAAACAAAAGAAGUAGCAACAAAAAACGCCCUAUAAGUAAUAUAAACGUGCAAAAAAGAGAUCGAUAUAUAUAUUUAAGACGAAUAAGAAAUAAGUGAGAAUAAAAUUGAAGAAGAAGUUAUCUUCUUGUGAAUGUGUGUAGAUUGCUGUGAAGAGUGAAAAAUGGCGAAUCAAUCCACCGGUGUUGUGGUUCCAAGAAAUUUCCGUUUAUUGGAAGAAUUAGAUCAAGGUCAGAAAGGUGUUGGCGAUGGUACUAUAUCAUGGGGCCUUGAAAAUGAUGAUGACAUGACUCUUACAUAUUGGAUCGGUAUGAUCAUUGGCCCUCCUCGUACACCCUUUGAAAAUAGAAUGUACUCGUUAAAGAUUGAUUGCGGUGAACGUUAUCCUGACGAACCUCCUACGAUAAAAUUUUUAACAAAAAUUAAUAUUAAUUGUAUUAAUCAAAACGGUGUGGUUGAUUCAAGACUAGUACCCAUGUUGUCACGAUGGAAUCGUGAAUAUACUAUUAAGUCCUUGUUACAGGAGAUACGUCGAAUUAUGACUUGUAAGGAAAAUCUUAAAUUGGCGCAACCACCAGAAGGCAGCUGUUUUUAGUUGAUCACAACUGCAAAGCAUUUACAAUGACGUCAACAACAACAAUAAAGAAAACAACAACAACAACUGCAUCAACAAUAAAACAGAACAACAAAUAAAUAAAAGUAUAAAAACUGCACUAUCAAACAGCAACAAUUAUUAUUUCAAAUAAAUAAGAAUUGCUUAAUGAUACAUAAGAGCAACAACAACAAACGAGAACAUCAUUAUUGAAAAAACAACAACAACAAAAACCAAGAAAUAUAUAACAGCUUUAAAAUUAUUAAAUAAUGUUGCUGCUAAAAAAGAACUUUUAAAAAUAUUAUGAUUUUUAAUUUAAUUUUUUAUAAUUUUGUUUUGCUCUGGUAAUGAUGAUAAUGAUGAUGCUGCUGAUGAUGUUAUUUAUAAAAUAUUAUAUGUUUUUCUUUUUCUGAUUUAAUUUUUUUUAUUCAAACAUGCAAACAUCAUCGUAACAAAUCAAUCUCUACCUAAUGCUGCUACUUUAGAUUUACUACUUACUACUCCUUAUAACAAACAAAAAUCCACUAUAAGCGUAAAAGAAGAAAUAUAAAAAAAAAUUUUGAAUGUUGACUCUCUUUUGUUGAAGUCUAACACAGGAGUAUUUAGAAAAAAGAGAGUUAGAGAGAAAGUAUAUAUAUAAAAAAAAAAACAAACUUAAAAUUGUUCAUUCUCAAACUCAAAGGAGGAUGUUUGAAUGGAUAAAUGGAUGGUUGACAUCUUCGCUGAAAUAAAUAAGAAACGAAAAAGUCAUCAACAUUUUUAUUAUUUAAUAAAUUGUACUUUUAAAAAAUUAUUAAUCUAUAUUCUAACUAUUGUUUACAUAAUUAGUGCGUUGUCUGUCAUAUUGAGCCGUCUUUUCUGUUGUUAAUUUUUAACAACAGCCAACAACAACAAAAUAUUUAAUACAACAACAUUCUUCACUCACUCACACACACAUGCAUACAUAACACUCACUAUGAAAACAAAGAAAACAACAACCAACUCCCCCUUCUAUUUUCUUUUGUAGCGUAUUUAGCUUGAGAAGUACGUGUAAUUAUUAAUUAAUUAAAGUAAUUAUUAUUAUCUUAAAUUAAAUAAAACAAAAAAAAAAAAAAGGAAAUAGUAAUAUAAAUAAAAAGAACUUAAACAACUCUAAACUUUAACAUCUAAUGAAAUAAAGUUAAAAUAUAAACACAAAA